GGGAAUGCUAUUUACGCACACAGGAAGAGAUGUCAGGCAGUUGUCAGCUGAUCAGUCGAAAGAAAUGUUUGAUGCUAGCUGAAUGAUCGUUGUCAGUUAAAAAAAAACGUGUAUCUGAUUUCAGGAUAUCGUUUCUAUAGUUUCUUAGUAGCUUGUACUCUGAGACUUCAACAUAUAAAUAUGAUGUCAAGCGUUGCCUUCAAGCUGCUCGCUCUUGUUGGUUUGUUAUUGAUGUCAACACAGACAACGGAUGCUAAAAAUUCAGAGGAUAUCCGGUGUAAAUGUACCUGCCCACCGUACAGAGACAUUGAAGGACAGAUCUACAAACAAAAUGUAUCUCUAAAGGAUUGUAACUGCCUUCAUGUUGUGGAGCCAAUGCCAGUUGAUGGAAAGGAUGUGGAGGCGUACUGUCUGCGUUGUGAAUGCAAAUAUGAGGAGAGGAGUUCUGGAACUAUCAAGGUGACUAUCAUAAUCUACCUGUCCAUCCUGGGCCUGCUGUUCCUCUACAUGGUGUACCUGACCCUGCUGGAGCCCAUGCUGAAGAGGAGGCUCUUUGGACACUCACAGCUUCAGAAUGAUGAUGAUGUCGGGGACCAGCAGCCUUUCGCCAACGCCCACAACGUAUUGUCUCGUUCGACCUCUCGUCCCAACAUGCUGAACAAAGUGGAACACGCUCAGCAGCGCUGGAGGAGGCAGGUCCAGGAACAGAGGAAGUCUGUAUUUGACCGCCAUGUGGUGCUCAGCUAAACCCAUCCCCAGGAAACAAAAACCCUGGAUGAAGCAAAAAAUAUUACUGUGACUGGGUGGUCCUUUUUUUGUUGUUUUUUUGUCUGAUUCUUUCCCCGACUUCUGAGCUUCAUCCUUAUUGGUGUUUUGUUCCUCAACUGGACCUGUAUUUCAUGAAAUGUGAUCAUAUAGCUCUAUGUAUUCAGGAGGUGAUCGUAAAGGGUCUCUACAUCAGUAGGUUGAAGUGGGGUGUUGCAUUUGAGACCUUUUACUUAAGAAAAUGCCAGUGUCUGUAUGACUUUGUAUACUUUCUGAUUUAAUAAUACUAAUAGAAAGUUAAAUGUUACAGUUUGUAGCCCCCCCAAAAAUGGAUAAUGCGUGCCAUUAUGCACAAGCUGAUGAUAAUCUUUGGCUUCUGAUAAAGUAGAAACGAUGUGUGACCGUAUGCACUCUUUUACAGUAAUGUUAGCAUUUUCUGAUAACAGUAAAUGCUUGCCAUGUCACCAAUGAAAUUAGGUGAGACAUUUGAGGGUAGAGUAAAUAAAACAAAAAAUAUCAUGCCAAAAUGAAUCACUCAAGCUAAUGAAAACGUCUACAAUACGUGUAACAACUGCUACCUAAACUACAGAAGAUGGGAAUGAGUUAGAAACAGUAAAAAUGUGUAAAAUUGUCAAAAAGCAUGUUUUUUAAGAAUGAUGUAUAAACUUAUUUACAACCUUUUACCCUAAACAACAGUUGAUGUACAGAUGUAUGUAUUUCAUUGUGUGCUGACUGUGGUGUUAACAUUCCUGUAUCAUGUUCUCCUGUAAGUCUAAGUAUAAUGUAGCAUUUGGGAGACAUUUAGACUUUUAACCUAUCAUCUGAUGGAACAUUUAAUGUAAACAUUAGUCCUCUCCUUUGAAUAUAUAUGUGUGUUACUGUAGUCAGAGCCCACAGCUGUCACUGGCUAGAGUAGAUGUACACCAUCUCUGCACCUUGCUUGUUUUGUUUUCAGCUUCUACUCCUCUCCAUUUAGAUACAUUUGACAUGACUCACAUUAAUGAGAUCCUCCUUUAUUCAAACUUUAAAUAACUUAAAUAUCUGUUAUACAGUAUUGAUACCACUGUCUGUCUUUUACACUGAUGUAAAAUAAUAAUGAUCAUUUGGGAUAGCAGGGUGAUGGUAAAGUGGGUAGAUAAUGCUACUCUUGGGUGACCUAACGAAAGUGUUAAAUCUGAUCUGUGAUAACUUCACGUUUGAAAUACAUUUCUGUAAUAUUUAUAAUGAUUUUGUUUACUGCAGACAAUGUUAAAUUCCUGGACCAUC